GCUGGAGGAGUCCCAGCGUAAAAAAGGUCCGGGAGAAGUGUCAGCGGCCAGGAGUGGGACCCUGCAGCUCAUUCUUUCCUUGCCUGCGGCCGUCCUCGCGGCUGGCAGGUUAGGGCAGGGGAAAUGUUGCAGGAGGAGUCGGACCUGUCUCUCAUCAUUGCCCAGAUAGUCCAGAAACUCAAGGGUUCCAAUUUAUAUGCUCAGCUGGAACGGCAGGCCUGGGCCUGUCUUCAGAGACCCGAGAUCAGACUUGAAUCACUCAAAGAAGAUAUUAAGGACUUCUUUAAAGUAUCAGGUUGGGAGAAGAAACUUCAGAAUGCUGUUUAUAGUGAACUGAAUGUGUUUCCUUUGCCCAGUCAUCCUUCUGCACCUCCUGAGCAUCUCAAAGAACCUUUGGUGUACAUGAGGAAGGCACAGGGAAGUUGGGAAAAAAGAAUCUUGAAGAGUUUAAAUAGUAUGUGCACGGAACUGAGUAUCCCAUUAGCACGAAAGAGACCAGUUGGGGAGCAGAAAGAACUUCUCAAUAAGUGGAAUGAAAUGGGAACUGAUGAGCCAGAUUUAAGCCUUUUUCGACCUGUUUAUGCACCUAAGGACUUUCUUGAGGUAUUAAUUAAUCUCCGCAACCCAAAUUAUGAAAAUGGUGAUUCUCUUAGUUUUAGGACUCAUUUGGGUUUAAUCCAAGUUCCUCUGAAAGUAAAAGACAUCCCUGAAUUGAAAGAAUGCUUUGUAGAACUUGGCUUAAACACAGGACAACUGGGUAUAGAUGACUCUACACAAGUGCCUCCUGAACUUUUUGAAAAUGAGCAUGUGCGUAUUGGGCAGAAAGUUCUAGCACAGCAGGAUAGCGCUGCUGCCCAGCAGUACAUCCGGCAAGGAAGCCCCACAGCACUGAGGGCUGAGCUGUGGGCACUCAUUUUGAAUAUCUCCAGUCAGCCUGAGGAUAUCCUGUAUUAUGAGCAGCUUAAGACCAAUGUGAUACAGCAUGACCUUUUGGUGGACAGUCUAAUUUAUAAAGAUGUGAAGCUGACAGCAAGCAAUGAUGAUUACUAUUUUGUAUUUGAAGAUUAUUUAUAUCAGGUGUUACUUUGCUUUUCACGGGACACGUCUGUACUGGGUCACUUUGCAUACAACAGUGCUUCUCCACCGAAAUCAUACAUCAGAGGAAAACUAGGAUUAGAAGAAUAUGCUGUCUUCUAUCCGCCCAAUGGUGUCAUCCCUUUCCACGGAUUUUCCAUGUAUGUUGCACCACUGUGUUUUCUGUAUCAUGAACCUUACAAAUUGUAUCAGAUAUUCCGUGAGAUGUACGUCCGCUUUUUCUUCAGACUCCACUCCAUCUCCUCUCAUCCUUCCGGCAUUGUGUCACUCUGUUUGCUGUUUGAGACUCUUCUUCAAACGUAUCUUCCCCAACUCUUUUAUCAUCUUCGAGAAAUCGGAGCUCAACCACUUCGGAUAUCAUUUAAAUGGAUGGUUCGAGCUUUUUCUGGAUACUUAGCUACAGAUCAACUCUUGCUUUUAUGGGAUAGAAUCCUAGGAUACAACUCUCUGGAAAUUCUUGCUGUGCUGGCAGCUGCCGUGUUUGCUUUCCGAGCAGUGAACCUGAUGGAGGUGACAUCACUGGCUGCAGCUGAAGCAGUUCUGGCUGACCUUUCUACUUUAAAAGUCAUGCCUCUUCUUCAAAUUUUUCUGUUUGCUACCGUCACCUGAUCCUCGAGGUCGCUGACAACACCUCUCGUUUUUCAUUAGAAACUAAUCAUGAACUAUGCAAACCUGCAUACAACCAGAAUUAAACUUUGCACAUAAGCCAAUAAAGAUCAUGUUCCCUCCUCGGUUAAAGCUAAGAAGUUUUCACUUUUUAAAACAAUAACCCUACACACCAAAUACUGCACUUGCAUGCUGAUGAUUGUCAAGAGAGAAGCAAUAGACAUCAGUUCUGCUGGACUGAGCACCUUCCCUGCAGAUUCCUAACUGGUAACAGGCACGCACCGUAUAUGCAAUAAGAACUAAAGACACUGUAAUAAACUUGAAGACGUAA